GAGAGCAGGAGCCGGUGCGGGCUCAGCAGCCGUCCACAGCCGUGGGAGCCCGCUCUGUGCCUCCGCCCGGUGCGCCCCUCUUGGCCCGCGGACCCCGCGCUGCGCUCGGCCGGUGACAUGUGUGCCGCCCAGAUGCCGCUCCUGUCGCACAUCUUCCGAGGGACGUUCGUCCACUCCACCUGGACCUGCCCCAUGGAGGUGCUGCGGGAUCACCUCCUGGGAGUGAGCGACAGCGGCAAAAUAGUGUUUUUAGAAGAAGCAUCUCAACAAGAAAAGCUGGCCAAAGAAUGGGGUUUCAAGCCAUGUGAGAUAAGAGAACUGAGCCAACAUGAGUUCUUCAUGCCUGGGCUGGUUGAUACACACAUCCAUGCCGCUCAGUAUUCCUUUGCUGGGAGUAACGUUGACCUGCCGCUUCUGCAGUGGCUGACCAAGUACACGUUUCCUACAGAACUCAAGUUCAAGAACUUGGACUUUGCUGAAGAAGUAUAUACCAGGGUUGUCAGGAGAACACUGAAGAAUGGAACAACCACAGCUUGUUACUUUACAACAAUUUACACUGACUCAUCCCUGCUCCUUGCGGAAAUUACAGAUAAAUUUGGGCAGCGGGCAUUUGUGGGCAAAGUCUGCAUGGAUAUGAAUGACACUGUUCCAGAAUACAAGGAAACCACUGAGGAAUCAAUCGAGGAAACGAAGAGAUUCGUGUCAGAAAUGCUCCAAAGGAACGUAAGUAAGCUUAAGCCACCAGUGCAGCCUCGGCGGAGCCUUUCCUGCUCUGAGACCAUGCUGGCCGAUCUUGGAAACAUCGCGAAGACCCACGAUUUGCACAUUCAGAGCCAUAUAAGUGAAAAUCCUGAUGAAGUUGAAGCUGUGAAAAAGUUAUUCCCCAGUUAUAAAAACUAUACAGAUGUGUAUGAUAAAAACAAUCUUCUAACAAAUAAGACAGUGAUGGCGCAUGGCUGCUACCUUUCCGCAGAAGAACUGGAUGUUUUCAGGGAACGAGGAGCAUCGAUCGCACAUUGUCCCAAUUCUAACUUAUCGCUCAGCAGCGGCUUACUCAAUGUGCCAGAAGUGCUGAAACACGACGUGAAAAUAGGGCUGGGCACAGAUGUGGCUGGUGGUUAUUCACCUUCCAUACUUGAUGCAAUCAGAAGAACAGUGAUGGUUUCCAAUACCCUUUCAUUUACUAAGAUAAAUGAGAGAAGCCUCACCCUCAAAGAGGUAUUCAGACUAGCGACUCUCGGAGGCAGCCAAGCCCUGGGGCUUGACAAAGAAAUUGGAAACUUUGAAGUGGGCAAGGAAUUUGAUGCCCUCUUGAUCAACCCCAAAGCAUCCGAUUCUCCCAUUGACCUGUUUUCUGGGGAUUUUGUUGGUGACGCUUUUAUCCAGAAGUUUCUCUAUCUAGGAGAUGACCGAAAUAUUGAGGAGGUUUAUGUGGGCGGAAAGCAGGUGGUUCCCUUUUCAAGCUCAGUCUAAGACCCUCGGCAUCUCCAAGUUCUCCUGGAUAGCGUGGUUCUGCGCCCUCUUAUGCCCAGGCAGAGUUAGAGCGUCAAAAAAUAGUACCUUGUUCUUGGGAUGACUGUCUCUUUGUGUGCUUACUCACAGUGCUCACUUGACAAAUCGAAGGAAGUUGUGCUCAUUCUCAACUCUCUGGUUGGGAGGAUUCAAAAUGUGUCCCUGCUGAGCUGUUCAGAUUUACUUUAAGCUUAAAUAUAAGAGAAUGUUAUGGCUAGUGGUGUUCUUAUUAUGAGAUUUAAGUAAAAUCUACCUAAUAUUUGGAAAUGUGAAGAGGAAAGAUAUUCCUGUGAGGUUCGAUAGUUUGAACUAGUAAAUGUGAAAAUUGGAUAUGGAAAAUGAACCAGUGAGUAUAUUUUUGAGGGAGAAAAAGACUACAAACAUUGGAAAAUCAUUUUCAGAUUGCUCGAAUUAUAUACUGAGUUUACUAAUUUAAAAAGAGAACUCAUUGAGAUGUAAAACGUGUUUCUAGGUUGCCUUUGUGUUCUGGAAAUUUGCACUUAAUGGGAUUUGCAUUUCAGAGACUUCUUAUUGUUGUGCUUUGCCUUCUUUGGGGACGAAUUGUCAGAAAUUGAAUGCCACGUGCUUUCUUCAUAUAGUUCUGUGCUUCAAAGUGUUUGACAGAAGUUGGGUAGUAAAGAUUUAAAGUCUCUUAGGAAUAAUAUUCACAUAACUAUGUGGCAUAAAUAGCUGUAUUUUUGUGUCCUUUAAGUCACCUUAAUGUGUAACUGGGUGAUGCUGUUACUGCUUCAGUUUUAUUAGAAGAGAAACAAAUUCCACACUCCGCUGUUGGGUAGACUGAAGUCUUCAUAAACUAGGGACAAGUGCUGGGCACUCACGAGCUGUUAAUACUGAAAGGAAGGGUUUCAUUGCAAUGACCUCGUCUCCCCAAGGACUAUGCCAGUGAUGGCGAACCUAUGACACACAUGUCAGAGAUGACAUGCGAACUCAUUUUUUUGUUGAUUUUUCUUUGUUAAAUGGCAUUUAAAUAUAUAAAAUGAAUACCAAAAAUAUAAGUCUUU